CAGACUGCAUGCAGUUUGGUAUUAAAAUGUUUUCAGUACCACCAACCAUUGUGCUGCUACAGAUUUGAGAUGAGAGACACGAGUCAAGCUUAUUUUUAACAAACUAUAACUCCACACUGAUCCCGGGGACUGACGGCACUGACGGCGAACGACGGUGCAGCUGUUAUUUUUGAGGUUGUGUCCAAAAAGUGCAGAGCGACUGUAGGCAGAACGAGCUAGCAGCGUUAGCUAACGUUAGUCAGGUCGGACGGCGACGAGGCCCCAACCGGACGGGAACACGGGGGAACCAUGGCCAACAUCGCAGUUCAGAGGAUAAAACGGGAAUUCAAGGAGGUGCUCAAAAGCGAAGAGACGAGCAAAAACCAGAUAAAGGUAGAUCUGGUGGAUGAGAACUUCACAGAACUUAAAGGGGAGAUAGCAGGGCCACCUGACACGCCAUAUGAAGGGGGUAGAUAUCAACUAGAAAUUAAAAUUCCAGAGACAUAUCCAUUCAAUCCACCUAAGGUGCGGUUUAUCACGAAGAUCUGGCAUCCCAACAUCAGCUCAGUCACAGGUGCAAUAUGUCUGGACAUUCUCAAAGACCAGUGGGCAGCAGCUAUGACACUGAGGACUGUCCUCUUGUCAUUACAAGCCUUACUGGCAGCUGCCGAACCAGAUGAUCCACAGGACGCAGUGGUAGCCAAUCAGGACAAUGACCCCAAACACACCCCCAGGCUGUGUAAGGGCUAUUUGACCAAGAAGGAGAAUGAUGGAGUGCUGCAUCAGAUGACCUGGCCUCCACAGUCACUUGACCUAAACCCAGUCCAGAUGGUUUGGGAUGAGAUGGACCACAGAGUGAAGGCAAAAGGACCAACAAGUGCUCAGCAUCUCUGGGAACUCCUCCAAGAGUGUUGGAAAACCAUUUCAGGUGACUACCUCAUGAAGCUCAUUGAGAGAAUGCCAAGAGUGUGCAAAGCAGUAAUCAAAGCAGAGGGUGGCUAUUUUGAAGAAUGCAUGUUUUGACUUAUUUCACACUUUUUACUACAUAAUUCCAUAUGUGGUAAUUCGUAGUUUUGAUGCCUUCAUUGAGGAUCUACAAUGUAAACAGUCAUGAAAACAAAGAAAAAACAUUAAAUGGGAAGGUGUGUCCAAACCCUUGACUGGUAGUGUCUAUAUGGCAGACUCCUCUUAAAGCCUCAGAAUGUCUCAUGUUAACUAAAAAUCGCUGGAGAAAUUGGUUCAUCCUGUUUAGAACAUUAACAUGAUGCAUUAUUCACCACUUGACUUAGAGGAAACAAUGGCCUUAAAUGAAUCCCUUGCGUUAAUUGACAUAGGCAAGUUUGAUUUUUUUUUUUUUUUUUUUAAAUUUAAAUAUUUAUGUCAAGUUCACAAUUGUAUGUUUUUUUUCCUGUGCUCAACACUAAUUAUUGUUACAGGUUAAAUAGUAUCUGGUGCUACACCAGUAAUGUGAAACUUAUUUAAAUACUAUGUGUAGACAGGGAGCUGUUUGCCCUUUGCCUGCUUUUGUUGGUGAAAAGAUUAUCCUACUCUACUGAGCACAUUAUUACACCUACUAACAAUCACUAAUCCCCUGUAAAGUGAGUAACAGUCAUCUAUUUGUGACCAACACACAUCACAAUGAAGCGCACAAGCUGUCAGUGAAGCAGUUAAAUCUUGUAUCUGGUGUCAGUGAGGUUUGUGGUUUUCAUUUGACAUGAUUUAGUGUUAAACAGUUGGUUGCAGACCAAGUAUUAAAUGGAAAUCUGAGCUCUGUUUAGGUAAUUUUGAAGAUGUAGCACCUUAAAUUCUCAAAUAGCUUAAAAAAAUACUGCCUUAACAUUUUGUACUAAUUGCUCCUUUACUGCAUAAGGUACGUUGAGUACAUCUGUACAAAUCUGAUAAGCGUACUAGUUCCUCAUAUUUACAUAUAUUUCACUACUAAUGGUUUGUGAUGAUAUGAGAUCUACACUCUCCAUUAAAACAGAAGAAUGCCCACACAGCAUGGAAACGGAGAGCUUGGCAGCUCUGGGCAGACUGCAGGUCUCCUAGUUCCUCUUGCAGAAUUAUGUCAUUAGUCAUCUGUUUUGUUGCAAGAUAUGCACAGUAGUACAGAUGAAUCAUAAGUGCACUACCUCGAAGGGAUGUAAUAACAAUUGUUGCCAUGAAUAUUUUUAAUUAUGUAACGAAAACUCUGUCAUAAUGUGCUUUUUCGUGUUUCCUUAUAUUUGAAAUCUGCCAUUUUCUCUUGACAGUCCAGAGAAAGUGAAAACACACCUCUAUAACUUGAAUAUGAAGCAAAUACAAAUAUGACGUGUUAGAGUUGUGACAGUGCUGUGCUGAACCUUUUCCACACAAAUGUAAAGGUGUUUUUCACAUU